AUGGUACUGGCCCGCCGGCAUAAUAUUGAAAUAGAGGGAGCUUGUGAGGGUUCUCUGGCAUGUUCCACUUGCCAUGUCUAUAUUGAUCAAAAAUUUUAUGAUCUGCUCCCACCUGCUUCUGAGGGCGAGGAAGAUAUGUUAGAUUUAGCUGUUUUCCUACAAGAAAACUCUAGGUUAUCCUGCCAAAUAGUGCUGACCAAAGAACUAAAUGGAAUGACAAUCACUUUGCCAAAGGCUACAAGAAAUUUCUAUGUUGAUGGACAUAUUCCACAACCUCAUUAG